CUUUUAUCAAUCCUGCCACAUAGUGCACCCUCCAGUCUUCCGUGCCAUCAGCCACAGUGUUCAUUUGUUCGAAGCCGAGCACCUUCCUUCGCUUGGUGUCACGCGCUCGUAACAUCCACCUUCUUGACAAUCGCUCUGCCACUGCAAAAACAUCCGUUGACUGCAGCUCGAAACAUCCAUUCACAUAUUCCGGCGCUUCCCCUUGCCGGCGUAGCAGUUUUAUAACUCUCAAGUUAUCCGCACCGCGGACCCACCACACACAUGGCGGCACGAUACAUCCUGCCAGCUCUGGCUGUUGCAGGCCGGGCGAUCGCUCAAUCUUCAUCAUGCAGCAAUUCCGCCACCACCACCAUCCAGAACGCCGGCGAUGCCAGCGCGCUUGCAAGGUGCAGCACCUACACCGGCAGCAUUGCCAUCGCCACGGGCACCACCGACUCGAUUGCUCUUAAUGGGAUUCAGGACAUCACGGGGAGCUUGGUUGCGAACAACGUGACUUCGAUGUCACAACUGUCCGGCGACAGCUUGACGACCAUUGGUGACUCUUUCUCCCUCAACGGCCUCACCAUCCUGACGAGCUUGAACUUCCCGCGAUUGGCGCAGGUCGGCACGGUGGACUGGGUCGCGCUCCCGCAGCUUCAGGGCCUGUCAUUCACCACUGGCUUGCAACAAGCCGGCUCUGUGACCAUUGUGAACACGCAGCUCAACACACUUUCCGGCAUCAACCUCCAGACUGUCGACUCGAUGCAGAUUACGAACAACCCUUACCUCAACGCUAUCAACAUGCAGCUUGGCAACGUUACCCAGGCACUCGUGAUCCAAGCCAACGGUCGCAAUGUCAGCGUGACUUUCCCCAACCUUAUCUGGGCGUACAACAUCACUUUGGCCAACGCCUCAUCCGUUAGCAUUCCUUCGCUUUCUGCGGUAAACGGCUCACUGGGCUUCUACUCCGACUACUUCUCCAGCAUUUCCGCGCCCAACCUUACAUCCGUUGGCGGCUCGCUCUCGAUUGUUGCAAACCCAAACCUGAACAGCGUCGACAUGCCGGAGCUGAAGACUGUCGGUGGUGGCUUCACGGUUGCUAACAACACCCAGUUGAUGACCAUCAACGACUUCGGUGCGCUCCAGACCGUCGGUGGUGCGCUCAACCUCAACGGUGCUCUGACCAAUGUCUCGCUUCCAGCGAUCUCUGACGUACGUGGUGCUUUCAACCUCACGUCCACUGGCGACGUCAGCGCUGCUUGCAGCACCUUCAGGGGCCUUUCCGGCAUGAACAACGUCAUCAAGGGAACCUACACCUGCAACAGCGGCGCAUCAAGGUCCGGCUCAGGCAGCAGCUCCGCGUCCGGCUCUGCCACCGCUAGCAGCGGUUCCAGCUCGUCGUCCGCCACGCACUCGAGCCCGGCCAACGUUAUCUACAUCUCCGGCGCUACUGGCGUCAUGGGCGUUGUUGCUGCGAUUUUCGGCAUGCUUUGAGGUGUGUGCGCAGUCUAAACGGCAUAUCGGUUGGAAAAGCGAUAGCGAGCGAGCGAGAUUGCGGGGAUGGAUGAAAUGCUUUUUAAUUGCGAUGCACAACGCGGCGUUCUGAAUGCGGUGGUGUCGUUACAGCGGGCCACGGAGCAUAAUGCAUUGCA